AUGUCUAACCCGGCUCCCAUCGAAAACGGCAUUGGCGAUGAUGCUCGUGGCACCACAUAUUUCUUCUCCAGAGGUAGAUCCAGCGCUUCGCUAUGUCAACGGAUAGGAUUAUUCAUUUCCAUUUAUUGGAAAUCAAUUAUAGUGGUCAUAACACCACUUAUUUUAUUACCAAUACCAAUUUUAAACGCAGACUCGGAAUCUGCAAAGGCCUACAGAUGUAUGUACGUGGUACUGAUAAUGGCGACGUAUUGGGUGCUGGAGCUGCUCCCGUUGCCCGUGACGUCGAUGCUGCCCAUCGUUCUGUUCCCAACGAUGGGCAUCCUGGACUCGGACAGGACGUGCGCGGCGUACAUGAAGGAGACGAAUAUGAUGUUCAUGGGUGGGCUCAUGAUCGCCGCCGGAGUUCAACACUCGAAGCUGCCGAAGAGGGUGGCCCUGUGGACCGUCCAGGUCGUUGGCUGCUCGCAUAGAAGGUUGAACUUCGGUCUUACGUUUGUGACUAUGUUCAUAUCAAUGUGGGUCUCCAACGCGGCCGCUACAACGAUGAUGGUGCCCAUCGUGGAGGCCAUACUUGAGGUUUUGGAGCAGCAAGGAUUGGGAGACGUCUACGUCAACAAGAAGAGGAACGCGUUGCCCGAGAACGGCAAAGACGUGAAGCCGGCUGCGAGCGGGAAUUCUGAGGAAGAGGCGCCGAUGCCGAGCGACAUCACGGUCUGCUACUACCUGAGCAUCGCAUACGCCUCCACGCUGGGCGGCAGCGGCACCUUGGUUGGCACCGCCACCAACAGCGCCUUCAAGGGCAUCUUCGACUCGGAAUUCCCAGAGGUGUCGGGCUCUGUGAAUUUCUUCUGGUUCAUGGCCUACAGCACCCCUCCUAUGCUGCUGAUGCAGCUUCUUGUUUGGCUGUCGCUGCAGGUCACUUUCAUGGGAAUGUUCAGACCGAACAGUGAGGCUGCCAAGAACGUUAACAAGGCCUCUUCAGGGUCGUUCACCACGAUGAAGGUGAUCAAGGACCAAUAUAGGAACCUGGGGCCUGUCACCUUCCACGAGAAGGCCUCGGGCGCUCUGUUCAUCCUGGCUGUGUUCUUGUACAUAUUUCGCAAACCGGGCUUUAUGCCCGGUUGGGCCGAUGUCAUCACCACAAUGAAGGUGAAGGACGGCGUUACAUCCAUGUUCAUUGUCGUGCUGAUGUUCAUCCUGCCGAUGUCUAUGGACUUCAUCAAGUUCUUCUCCUCGUCCGCCUCGUAUGAAGAGCUGGCAGCCUCCAAACCGUCCUCUGGUGUCGUCACGUGGGGCAUCUUGAAGGAGAAGAUCCCGUGGGGCCUCUUGUUCCUAUUGGGCGGCGGCUUCGCGCUGGCGGAGGGCAGCAAGGCCACAGGCCUGUCGUCGAUGGCGGGCUCGUCGCUCUCGUCGCUCAACGGGCUGCCACCGCCGCUGGUGCUGCUGGUGGUGGUGCUGGCGACGCAGUUCAUCACCGAGUUCACGUCCAACGUGGCCAUCGCCAACCUCAUCCUGCCCGUGCUGGCGAACAUGGCGCGCAGCCUGGGCAUGGACCCGCGCUACCUGAUGGUGCCGGCCACGCUGGCCUGCUCCAUGGCCUUCCACAUGCCGGUGGGCACGCCGCCCAACGCGAUCGUCGCCGGCGUCGCCCACAUACCCACCUCCAAGAUGGCGGUGGGCGGCAUCGGGCCGAAGAUCAUCACGACGCUAAUCAUCUGGGGCGCGUACCCCACGUGGGGCUCGCUCAUCUUCAAGGCGGAGGACAUCAGCGCGCUGGGCUCUGCGGGGGCGAAGCCCGAGCCCGGCCUGAGGCUCUCCUGCGACGCCACGCCGGCCAGCCUGCUGCUGGCGCCCAGCUUCAACUGCACCGGCGGCUCGGCGCUGCCCAGCGGACUCAUCAACUGCUCCUACACCCCGCUCGCCGAAAGC